AAACUAAAUCGGAAGAGGUUGCUGUGAAAGGUGGAAUAAGCUCACACCGGCGUACUGUGUCGCUGACAGGCUUCCUGUUAAUGAUCAGAACUGAAUGGCAGCGACACACCGCGAGUACCGGCUACAUCCGGGUACCGGAGGAAACGGGAUCACCUCAGACGGCGAGGAUGACGUCAGUAACGUGAAGGAGAGCAGCACACAGACGGAGGCCAAAGUGCAAGGUCAUGGACCAAGACUGUCCAAAGUUAACCUCUUCACAUUACUGAGUCUCUGGAUGGAGCUUUUUCCCAGGAGAGAAUCUCAGAAACGAGACAAUGCAUCCGUGCAAGUCACUGGCCUGGUAGUGGUCCAUGAACAAAGAAUUCUGGGUCUUCAUUGCUCUGGAGCGGAGCUUCAUGCCGGUCAGGUGGCGGUAAUCAGACAUGGGCCCAGACUAAAGGGCUGCGAUCUUUAUUUCUCCAGAAAGCCUUGUUCUACCUGCCUCAAGAUGAUCAUCAACUCUGGUGUGAACAGGAUCUCUUACUGGCCUGCUGACGCUGAGAUCAGCCUGUUGUCUGACAGAAGCAGCACCGCAGGUUCUCGUCUCCAGGAGGCCACGCUGGACGCCACGGCCGCUGAGAGGCUCAAAUCCAGCAGCAGGCCGCACAUCUGUGUGCCGCUCCAGCCUCUAGCCAACUCCAUGCUUCAGUUUGUAGAGGAGACAUCCCGCAACAGUGACUUUCUGGGCAGAAUGGCAGCAGAUGAUCCCUCUCUGGACGUCCACGACCUCUUUAGGAAAGAGCGCUGGAGGAAUUGGGACAGAUUUUCUAAAAGGUUUGUGAUUGAAGAUGUGGAGGUGCACAGAGAGCUGCUCAGUAAGAUGAACCUGGAGAACUUUUGCACAGAGCCAUAUUUCAGUGAGCUGCGGCAGCACAUGAGGGAUAUGAUCAGGAUUAUGGCAUCUGUGGCUGCAAGUGUUCCCGUGCUUGGGCAUGACUAUGGGUUCUAUGAGACAGAACCCACAACUAGUGGAUAUAGGACAUUAUCUCAGGAUGUUGUGCGACACUGCAUCAUCCAGGCAGCAGUGCUGACAUACAGGACAGAAGAUCCUAAGGUGGGAGUAGGUGCAGUGAUUUGGGCAGAGGGCAGAUUGCCUCAGUGUGAUGGUACGGGGAACAUGUACCUGGUGGGAUGUGGUUAUAACGCCUAUCCUGUGGGUUCUGAGUACGCUGAGUUUCCUCAGAUGGAUGACAAGCAGGAAGAGAGGCAGCGCCGCAAAUACCGGUACAUCAUCCAUGCUGAGCAGAACGCGCUCACUUUCAGGAGUGCGGAUGUGAAGGAGGAAGAGAACACAAUGCUCUUCGUCACUAAAUGCCCAUGUGACGAAUGUGUGCCUCUGAUCCAAGGCGCCGGCAUCAAACAAAUCUACACCACAGACCUGGACAGUGGGAAAGACAAACACGACAUCUCCUACAUCAGUUUCAAUCGGCUCCGCAGCACCCGCAAGUUCAUUUGGCAGAAGUCGUCUCCGGUCAGAAAUGCUUCUGAACAAACUGGUCUACCUUUAUCAAAUGGCUGUGUGAAGAAGAGAAGAGAAGAAGAUGUGGAUUGUCAGUGCAAUAAGAGACUGAGAAACUGAGGAAUCACUCGUUCAUUUGGGACAAAACUGAAGAACAGCGGUUCUUAACUUUAGUCCUGGAGACCCCUUGUUUUACAGUUUAAAGUUUCCCUUACUACAACACACGUGAUCCAACUGGUUGUCUAAUUAUCAAGACCUUACUGAGAUGGACCAGGUGUGUUGAGGGCAGUGAAACUAGAAUACUUGUUCUACUGCAAAAUUGCAGUUACAUAUUACAUGCACGUCAUAUAAAACAUAUUUUUAGAUUAUUUACAACAAUGCUUCCAUUUGAUAGUUGAAUAGAUUUUUUUUGGCAGAUGUAAUUAUUAUACACCAAGGACACAAAUAUUUAUUCUGUACAUGAAGACCCAAGAGCAAAAGCAUGCACUUACUCAUGACUUGUUAAACCAUUUCAUAUACACACAAAUGUUAUGCAGGCUCUCGCAGAAGGCCCAGCAGUCAAUACAUUUUAAUGAUUAACAAGUAUGUUAUAUUAAUUUAAAAUAUAAUUUUUGAUUGUGUUAUUGUUCAGUAGUUAGGUUCAUUUCAGAUUUAGUGAGAGCUAAAUAGAACAGAUAUUACCAAUGUUUCUGUCUUUAGUGUGAAGACAUUUUAACAAGAUGGAAAUAAGAUGUGCUGCAUUUUUGAAGAGCUUGUUUUUGUGUCUAAAUCUUAUGUUCACCACACAGUGUUGAUCAUUUUUCUGUUUACAUCUGAUUCUUUCAUCUGAUCAUUCGCAGUCACACUCGGGAAACAUGAAAUGCAAUACACAGAGUAUUGUGUUUCAUUUUUGACACGAAAACGUGCCACACUGAAAAGCAAAACCGUCACUCCAUUGCUCUUACUUCGUUUGAUCUCUUCAGUGAAGAGCAAUCAGCAGGAUCUUGCUCUUUAAGAACUGAAACACUGAAUUAAAAGCAAUUCAUUCCUCUGCACUGCUUUUCAGUAGUGACGUAGAGGAAACGUGACACACUGAAAAGCAAAACCUUCAUUGCAUUGCUCUUACUUGAACUCUUCAGUUUGAAUCUUAAAAAUCUUUUUAAGGUUUAAACGCUGACUUCAUGACACAUGAAUGUGUUUCCUCAUUGCACUGCGUAUCACCUUCAUCAGGCAGGUAUCACACGUGCCACAGCAAAACGUUAUCAGUUAGAAACACACCUUAUCCCUGAAAGCUGUAGCAAUAUUAGACAGGACCAAGCCUUGUUCCUAAUUGAUGAUUACAGCCACACCCCCGAGUACUGCUUAUGGCUGUGAUUGGACAGUAUUUCAGUGUGGCAUGAGUGAAAAGCCAACCUGAUGAACAUGAAAAGCAAUGCACAGAGGAAUUAUAUUCACCUUUGUAAUGCAGUCAGUGUUUUAAACUUCUGUCCUGAUUGUUCUUCAGUGACGAGAGCAGCUAAAUGAAAUGCAAUGGUUUUGCUUUUCAGUAACGUUUUCUGUAUUUCAAAUAAACAGAAUCACACAAUGUAGUACCAUGCAGCAGUUGAGGAUUGCUUUUAACAGUGAAUAAUAUUCACUUCUGAGAUGCAUUCAAACUUUUAACUCUUUAAAAAAAAAACAAAAAAAAAAACAUCCUGCUGAUUGUUUUUCCACUGAAGAGAUCAAAUGACGAAAGAGUAGUGUGUGUGGUGCCUUGCCCUCAUGUCAGAAAUGAAACUCAAUAUCUGAUCUCUGAAUUUAUGUGUAGGUGAAGACUUGUGAACCACUUACCCAGGUAUAAACAGACUACAACUCAUCUGUGUGGUAAGCUGUACCAAAAUAAAAAGGUUUACACACAAAAAAGAG